UCCAUUUCUCUCUCUCAUUUAUCCGAUACACCACCGCUCUUGUUGGCGCGCUUUGCAGUUACACAAUGAGCAGCUUAAUGGCGAGCUUCACAGCUCGCAUCUCUGCUUACACCAACCACCUUUUCCCCAUACGACGUCGUCCCCUUCAUAACAGACGCCUCACUCUUUUUCCCAACACCACCACACUCAGACCUCACACACUAAGAAUCACCUGCAUGGCGGAACCUUAUCUCAUAACGAAGCUGGAAUCUGCUGAGAAGACCUGGCAAGAAUUAUCGGUUAAGCUUGCUGACCCUGACGUUGUGUCCAAUCCGAGUGAGUACCAAAAAUUGGCACAAUCAGUGGCAGAGCUUGAUGAGGUUGUGUCCACGUAUAGGAGGUUUAAAGAGUGUGAAAAGGCUCUAGAAGAAACGAAAGCUUUGGCAAAGGACGAUGAAAAUGACGAGGAUAUGGUUGAAAUGAUAUCUUCAGAAAUAGACUCUUUGUCAAGGCAAAUCGCAAAGCUUGAGGAUAAGCUCAAGGUUUUACUGCUUCCCAGUGAUCCUCUUGAUGCAAGAAACAUAAUGCUUGAAGUACGAGCAGGUACUGGUGGUGACGAGGCUGGAAUAUGGGCUGGUGAUCUUGUUCGGAUGUAUGAAAAAUACAGUGAGCUGAAUUCUUGGAAACAUUCUGUUAUCUCAAGCUCUCCGGCAGAGAAAGGAGGGUACAAAACUUAUGUGAUGGAGAUAAAAGGAAAACGUGUCUACAGUAAAUUAAAAUAUGAAUCUGGUGUCCAUCGAGUUCAACGUGUUCCUCUAACAGAGACACAGGGUCGCGUACAUACUUCUACUGCAACAGUGGCAAUCAUGCCAGAGGCUGAUGAAGUUGAAGUAGUAAUCGACCCAAAAGAUAUUGAACUUACUACAGCACGUUCUGGGGGUGCUGGAGGCCAGAAUGUUAACAAGGUUGAAACAGCCAUUGAUCUUUUUCACAAACCAACGGGAAUCCGUAUCUUUUGUACUGAAGAAAGGACUCAACUUCAGAACAAGAAUCGCGCUUUUCAAUUGCUCCGUGCAAAACUAUACGAGAUGAAGGUAAGGGAGCAGCAAGAGUCAAUUCGAAAUCAAAGGAAAUCACAGGUUGGUACAGGUGCACGUGCAGAAAAAAUUCGGACAUAUAAUUACAAGGACAACAGGGUCACUGACCACAGAUUGAAGAUGAACUUUGAGCUCACCUCCUUUCUUAAUGGAAACAUAGAAGAUGCUGUUCAGUCUUGUGUUACAACGGAGCAGAAGGAGCUCCUGGAAGAACUUGCUGAAUCUGUAGGUGCUCCUGCUGGCUGAUGUAAAAGCACAUUUCACCAUGUAAUUUUGAAUUUUUUACUGAACUAUGCAUUUCGCAAAUGGAAGAAGUGUCAUAUUUGUUCUCGUUAAUGUCCCAUUAUCUUCCAAGUUUGAGGCAUGGUUUGAUUACAAAUCUGUACAUGGGCACUUCUUCUACAUGUAACAUUCCGCUAUACAGUAGUUGAAUGGUAUUUUAUGUAUGUAAAGUGAAGCAAUUAACAGUUUGCUGCAAUGCCAAUGUAUGUGCUAUUGAACUGA